AUGACCGCCAGCGUAGCAGCCAAAGGCAUCUCUUUUUUCACGCCUGAGAAAAACCCCCUUGCUGGGACCGCAGCCGCUUCCCAACCCGAUGAUAAACCUAUACCGCUUCUUUUCCAGCCACUCACGAUACGAGGGUUAACUGUGCAGAACAGGAUCUUUCGUCCUCAAUGCCCCCCUGGUAUAGGUAUCGCCCAUGUGCCAGUAUUCAGCAAACGAUGGAAAGAUAACCCCCUGGCAUUUCGCGCAUUGGCGGCAUCUUCACCCGUGGUCCUGGACUUACGUUCACUGUUGAAGCUACAGUCGUCAUUCCAGAAGGCCGCAUCGCUCCAGAAGUUCGCGCAUUCGCAGAACCAGAAGAUCGCGAUGCAGCUGGGACACGCUGGUCGAAAAGCAUCCAUCAACGCACCAUGGUUACCUGGCCCUAAAUUGGCGACGGCGGAGCUUGGAGGAUGGGCUGAUGAUGUCUAUGCUGCGUCGCCGCUUCGAUUCAAUGACGACUAUCCGUUGCCGAAAGAGAUGUCGAGGGAGAGGAUCAAAGAGGUGGUGGACGCAUUCAGGAAGGCGGCAGAGAGAGCUGUGAAAGUCGGGUUCGAUGCUCUCGAGGUCCAUGGUGGACAUGGCUACUUGCUGUUUGGGUUCAUGAGCCCAACUAGUAACCAUCGUACCGAUGAGCAUGGUGGAAGCUUUGAAAACCGUAUUUGUUUCGCUUUGGAAGUAAACGACGCGAUUAGAUCUGUGAUGCCUCCCGAAAUACCGCUUUUCUACAGAAUCUCAGGAAGUGAAUGUGUAGAACAGACCCUCCCCAAUAUCCAUUUGUGGCGUUCUGAGGAUACCGUCAGAAUCGCGCCUAUUCUCGCAGCUCACGGCGUCGAUGUUUUAGAUGUGUCGACUGGCGGCAACAACAACAAGCAGAAGAUUAUUCCUGGUCCUGCGUAUCAGUCACCGUUAGCACAUGCCGUGAGGAGAACCAAUCCUGGAUUACUGGUCGCCACUGUAGGAGGCAUAACUGACGGCCAUACUGCGCAAGGCAUGUUGGAAGACGGUCUAGCUGAUGUGCAUCAGCGAAUUGGACAAAAAUAUAUAUGCCCGUAUAAGCCCGUGGCAAAGGUCAAAAUGCAUGGCAAGGUCCGAAAUAAUUGCGCGAGCCUUAUAUGCUCAUAUGAAGCGUGAAGAAUUG